GAUUGCUUACCGAGAGUUAUUAAUAUCUCAAGUAGUCACAAAGUGUUCGUGCAUCGAGAAAGAUUUCUUUCGUGUGCACUGAGGAGAAAAUUAGAAUGAAAAAAUAAAUUAUGAUGCACACAUAAAUUCAGUAUUUUAGAAAAGAUUAAAGCAAUUAGGUGAUCAUAUUAGUGGGCAUAAAAAUUAAGUGAAAUGGCAAAGAGUAAAUGGGUUGUUUUACUCGUGACAGAAUUAUUUUCAGCCUUAUCACUAGUUGCUAUAAUUGUGUCAUUCUCUACAGACCAUUGGGUCGUCUCGGAUAUGAAAUAUGAAUCAAAUGAAGAUAUUGGAAUUUCAUACAUGCAUUAUGGAUUAUUUGAUGGAAAAUUGACUCAAAGUAUUUAUCAAACAACAAAAUUUAUUGAUCUUACAAUAAUAUGCAGAUAUGACAUAAACAAGUGCUUUUAUAGUUGUCAACAAACAUCAGAUAGGAGAAGCAAUGAGUUUGAUCAAUUGUUAAAGGGUGAAAACUUGGCUAUAUGCCCUGCAUCGAGAACGAAACAAACGGCAAGAAAUUUUAAUGAACAGGUGAAUAUGACGGCGAUGACGAUGAAAAUAAACUAUGACGAAAUGAGUGAAGCGGCAACAUUUGAAGAUGAAUUUUUAAGCGCUGGCCUGUGGCUAACGACUGUCAUAUUUUCGGCUUUAAGCAGCCUAUUUACAUUGAUAUCAGCAUUUUUCUCGAUGAUCAAUAUUCUCUGUAAUCCGAUUUCCUAUCUGUCUAGCACACAUGGACUUUAUGUGUGGAAUGGAAUCGCAGCUUUAAUGUGCUCAAUCACAAUGAUCAUUUAUUCAUCGCUCUUUGGGAUUUUUAUUAGCAAAAAUAUUGCGAUUACUGAUACACUUCGCACAUUAUCUCGUUUUACAUCCGAUGGACUCGCACAAUUUGGUUUUUCAUUUUGGAUUCUCAUUCUGUCAAUAUUUUGCCAUCUCAUAAAUAUUGGAUUGGUUUAUUAUCGCAAUUAUUUGCUUCAACAUCAACCGAAACCACCUGUCAUUACAGUCCAUAAGAAUGAUUCAACAAUUCUAGUUUACUAAUGAUGACCAUUGAUAUGUUAUGAUGUGAUUAUUGUUAUUUCUUAUUCUUCCUCCUUCCCUUUGUGUUUCUAUUGUUAUUUCUUUUAUGAUAUCUGAUACGCAUUUAAGGUAAUUUUAAUAAAAUAAAAAAAAAUGAUUCGAUUGACUUACUGCUUCUGUCAUUUCUGUCAUACUUUUUUGAUAUUCGAUAUUAUCCUCAAAUCAUAGAUUGGAGAAGAGAAGAAGUUCUGACUAAUAAUUUUAGUUCAUAAAUGAAUAAACGUGUUUUAAAAAGCCACUUCAGAAGUGUAAAAAUCAA